UUCGGCGGCUCAGCGUCGUCGGUGGGUCGAGUCGUCCUGGAGCUGUCUCGUUGUUUCUCGACGGCGGAGGAGGAAGAAAACGACCGGCGAGCCAUGGACAUUGGUGGUCCUACCAAUGUCCGCCACGUGGCUCACGUUACCUUUGAUCGCUUUAACGGCUUCCUUGGCCUUCCUUCCGAGUUCGAGCCUGAUGUCCCCAGAAAAGCUCCCAGUGCAAGUGCAACAGUGUUUGGGGUUUCGACAGAGUCAAUGCAGUUGUCAUAUGAUUCGAGAGGGAACUGUGUUCCUGUGAUACUAUUGCUAUUGCAGAGCAGGCUUUAUGAUCAAGAAGGCUUGCAGGUAGAAGGAAUAUUCAGAAUAACAGGAGAGAACAGCGAGGAAGAGUACGUAAGGGAGCAGCUUAAUAAAGGGAUCAUACCUGAUGGGAUCGAUGUCCAUUGUCUAGCCGGACUUAUCAAGGCUUGGUUCAGAGAGCUACCGAGAGGGGUACUUGAUCCUCUGCCAUCGGAGAAAGUGAUGCAGUGCGAGUCAGACGAGGAUUUUGUCAAGGUUGUGAGGCUCUUACCUCAAACAGAAGCUUCUCUUCUUAAUUGGGCCAUCAAUCUCAUGGCUGAUGUUGUUCAGUUUGAGCAUGUUAACAAGAUGAACACUCGUAACCUUGCUCUAGUCUUUGCCCCCAACAUGUCUCAGAUGGCAGACCCUUUAACUGCAUUGAUGUAUGCGGUCCAAGUGAUGAAGCUGCUGAAGACCCUCACAGAGAAAGCUCUGAAAGAUAGGGAAGCCACGUCUUCCCAGGUUGAUACAAGAUGCGGCGAUGAAGAUGGCGGGAAGGAAGAAGACAAUCAAUUAGAAGAAGAAGAAGAUGGUGUGUACAUAAUUACGGAGGAAGACGCAUCAGAGAGCAUAAGAGUGGCUGCUGUUGAGGAUGAGCACAAGUCAGAAAGCAUGAAGAGUGACUUUGUGGGAUCUAGUGCUUCGGAUUCAAAGGGUGAUAAUGGAGUUGUGCAGCCACCAAUUUGCAAUACGAACUAUACAGGAAGCAAGUGA